AUAAUACAAUGCUGAAAAAUACUUUUGUGUUUUUCAACAUAACAUAUUUUUUUCCAUAUGAUUUCUAAAUGCAGAAGACUAUAAAUGGGAAUAUAAACGAUAAAAAACGCGUAAAGUUAGACGCAGCGUUUUUCUCAAAACCUUUGGCAAGUUUUGUCGGGCCAAAGAGUUAGUUUACACAUGGGGAGCUGAAGGCUUACCAUCAGUUGGUAGGAGAAAACAUCUGAAUUUUAUCUGUUUUCGGUCUUUGAUCGUCAUUAUGUUGAAGUCUAAAACCUUCGUUAAGAAGACCCGGUCGGGUGGGGUGAUGAAGGUAGUGCGUGAGCAUUAUCUGAGAGAUGAUAUUUGGUGCGGGAGUGAAGUUUGCACUGAAUGCAAACAGGAGUCCACGGUGCUGCAGAAAGACGCGUGUAUGGAGAGUAGUCUCUGCUCCUAUCCACAUUAUCUGGUCCCUGACACCAAUGUGGUGCUUCAUCAGAUCGAUAUACUGGAAGAUCCUGUGAUUUGCAAUGUGAUUAUCCUUCAAACUGUACUCCAGGAGGUGCGCCACCGCAGUGCACCCGUCUACAAACGCCUGAAGGACAUUAUACACGAGAAAGAAAAACACUUCUACACUUUUACCAAUGAACACCACAGAGAUACAUUCAUUGAACGUGAACCAGGGGAGAGUGCUAAUGACCGAAAUGACCGGGCAAUUCGUGUGGCAGUCAAAUGGUACAGCCAGCACCUGAAGACAUUUGAGUCUGACACAGAUGGUCUCAAGGUGGUCCUCCUCACCAAUGAUCAAGGAAACAAGCAGAAAGCACAGGACAACGGCCUGCUGGUGUACAAAUGUGAAGAAUAUGUCAAGAGUCUCAUAGCAAACCCUGAGCUUGUGGAUCGCCUGGCCUUGUCCAGUGAUGACAAGAGUGAAAUUACUAGCAGUAAAGUGUUAUUUCCAGAGCACUUUCCCCUAUCCAGAAUUCAAACAGGAAUUAAAAGUGGCUCCUUCCUCCAAGGCACCUUUAGGGCCAGCAGAGACAACUAUUUGGAGGCAACUGUGUUUGUCCAGGGAGAGGGAGAAGACAGCACAGAGGUUCUCAUCCAGGGUCUUCAGAACCUCAACAGAGCAGUGCAUCAGGAUGUGGUUGCUGUGCAGCUUUUGCCACGAAGUGAGUGGGUGGCACCGUCCUCAGUUGUCCUUCAGGAUGAAGGCACCGGAAAGGAUGAUGAGGAUGCUGAAGAAGAGGAGGGGAACUUGAGAACAGCAGCAGCCGAGGCAGCGAGGAAGCCCACUGGCAAGGUGGUGGGGGUCAUAAAAAGGAACUGGAGGCCAUUCUGUGGCAUGCUGAAUGUUUCCCAAAUCAAAGAGUCCACUCGGCAUCUUUUCACCCCAGCAGACCGCCGUAUCCCACGUAUCCGCAUUGAAACGCGGCAGGCGUCCACACUGGCAGGCCAGAGGAUCAUGGUGGCCAUUGAUGGCUGGCCCAAAGACUCCAGAUAUCCAAAUGGUCAUUUUGUACGCAGUUUGGGAGGUGCGGGGGAGAAGGAGACAGAAGAGGAGGUGCUGCUACUGGAGCAUGAUGUCCCUCAUCAGGCUUUCUCCCAGGCAGUGCUCAGUUUCCUCCCUAAGAUGCCGUGGGCCAUCACACCGGAGGACAUGAUGAAAAGGGAGGACCUGAGGCCUCUGACAGUCUGCAGUGUGGACCCUCCAGGAUGCACAGAUAUAGAUGAUGCUCUGCACUGUAGAGAGCUGGAAAAUGGAAACCUCGAGGUGGGCGUCCACAUUGCUGAUGUCAGCCACUUCAUCAGACCUGGCAACGCUCUAGACAAAGAGGCAGCCAACCGUGGCACCACAGUGUACCUGUGUGGCAAAAGGAUAGACAUGGUUCCUGAACUGCUCAGCUCCAAUCUUUGUUCUCUGCGGUCCAAUGUGGACAGACUCGCCUUUUCGUGUAUCUGGGAAAUAAACCACAAGGCUGAAAUUCUAAAGACUCGAUUCACAAAAAGUGUUAUUAACUCCAAGGCGUCUUUGACCUAUGCUGAGGCCCAGAUGAGGAUUGAUGACACCAACAAGAAUGAUGAUAUAACAAAAAGCCUACGGGGUCUGAACAAACUGGCCAAAAUCCUGAAGAGGCAGAGGAUAGAGAAAGGGGCACUGACACUGUCCUCUUUAGAGGUCCGUUUUCACAUGGACAGUGAAACCCAUGACCCCAUUGAUCUUCAGACCAAAGAACUCAUGGAGACAAACUCAAUGGUUGAAGAGUUCAUGUUGCUGGCCAAUAUUUCAGUUGCUCAGAAGAUUUACGAUGAAUUCCCAGAGUGCGCUCUGCUGAGGAAACACCCAGCACCACCUCCGUCUAACUAUGACAUCCUAAUCAAAGCUGCAAAGUCUAAGGAGGUCGAGGUCCACACAGAUUCAGCAAAGGCACUGGCUGACUCGCUUGAUGCAGCCAAAGUGGAUGGAUUCCCAUACUUUAACACGCUGCUGCGCAUCCUGGCCACUCGCUGCAUGAUGCAAGCUGUCUAUUUUUGUUCUGGCAUGGACAGCGAUUUCCAUCAUUAUGGUCUCGCCUCGCCCAUUUAUACGCACUUCACGUCCCCUAUCAGGAGGUACGCUGAUAUCAUUGUGCACCGCCUGCUGGCAGUGGCUAUAGGUGCAGACACCACCUACCCAGAUUUAAUGGACAAGCAUAAACAGUCAGCUCUCUGCAAUAACCUCAACUACAGACACAAAAUGUCUCAGUAUGCACAGCGGGCUUCUGUGGCCUUCCACACACAGUUGUUCUUCAAGAGCCGAGGAAUCCUUAAUGAAGAAGGAUUCAUUCUGUUUGUGAGGAAGAAUGCAAUCAUCGUGCUCAUCCCAAAGUUUGGCUUGGAGGGAACGGUGUUCUUUGACUCAAAAGACAAGGUUUCCCCAAACAUAGUGUUUGAGGAAGAGGGUCCCACUCUGUCUGUAGAACAGCACAAGUUCCACAUAUUCGACAAGGUGAAGGUCACCAUUAGCCUAGAUGACUCCAAUAUUCAGCACCAGAAGAUCCGCAUGGCUCUGAUUGAACCAGUGAUCCCUGGUGUGAGUGUCCCAGCCCCAGAUACCGAAACACCAGCCAAGAAACAAAAACUGGACCGCUGACACAGGAAGGAGCUCUCAGUUUUCACCUAAACCACAUGAUGUUCCCGUUUGGACUAUUUGAUGUAUUGAUAAAGUUCAGUUGUUUUGUUUUGCUAAAAAAAAAAAAAAAAAAAAAAAAAAACUUUUUUAAUGAGUAAAAUUUUGCUCUUUUAUAUGAUUUAAAACAUUUGUUGGAAGAGUAAGCUGUCUUACAUACUAAAGGCAGCGCAGUCAUUAAAAUGAUUUUUUUAAAAUUGUUUCUGAUGUACAAAACUUCUCAGAAUUAUUUUCAAACAUGAUUUGAAUUGAGUCAUAAGCCAAAAUAUUGGAAGAUUUCACCAUUUAUUUGUUUAUUUAUUUAAAUAUUAGAAGUUUACAGCUUUGUUUUACUUUUAUUCCUUGGGUUGAUUUAAAUUAUUAGCAAAUAAACACCCUGUGCAGAGGUCCAUAAAACAACGUAUCCUGAAGCCAGUCAAAAAAAACAAACCUGAACGUAACUUAAUGUGACAAUAAUCCAGAAA